GAUAAAAGAGAAGAGACGUAAACGCUGGAACUCCUUUGAAUAAAAAACUCGGACGAAGAAGAACUUUCUGCUUCACACUCCUCCCUCAGUCACACACAUACACACACACACACACACACCGGUUUGGUCGGCUCUGGAGGCACACCAUAGACACCACAUCAAAUCAUAGAAGUCACCUUUUGCUGUUCUGCUUCUUGCUUUACGUGAUUUGCUGACGGCGGUAAAACAGAGCAACGGAGACAGAGUGCCAACGCGUAAAAAAACACACACAUAAUAUAUUAAAAAAGAUACCCAAAUAUCAACUGCAACCUCCUCCCACACCGCUUCAGAUAUUGGCGCCAUGUUCUUCUCCACCUACGUGCUCACCAAGAAGGGCCCGUUGGCGAAGGUCUGGCUCGCCGCCCACUGGGACAAGCGCCUCACGCGCAACGAAGUCAAGAUCGUCGACCUCAGCCAGACCAUCCUUCACAUUGUCCGCCCCGUCGUCCCCAUCGCCCUCCGCACCUCCGGCGAGCUGCUGGUCGGCGUGGUGCGCAUCUACGCGCUGAAGGUGAAGCACCUGCUGAAGGAGGCCACUGAGGCGACUCUCUUUCUGCGAGUGACGACGCUGGCCACGAAAGGCAGCCGGGCGGCCCUCUCCGGCCAGCAGCGCACUACGUCGAUCGACGGCGUCCUCGUGCCGCAGACGGGCGAUAUGGAGGCGGUGACCUUCGACUGGGAUGCAGAGGUGGCCGCGAAGCACGGCGCCGCGCGUGACGCCGCCGACGCUCUCGGCGAAGGCCGCUUUGACGCCAUCGCGGACCUCCUCGGCAGCGGCAAGCGCAUCGAGGGCCCCGACGGGGGAGAGAAGGACGACGGCCUGCUGGCGUCGGCGUGGUACACGGUGCAGCCAACCUCACAAGCGGCCGAAGAGCUGCACAACACGCAGCAAGACUACGACGAGAUCGCAAAGAUGCGGGCUGACUUGAUGGCCUUUGGGGAGCGGGCCAGCGGCAGCGCCAGCACGAGUAAGAGCAAGUCGAGCCUCGCUAGCAUGGAGAAGGGCCGUGGCAGCGUCGCUGUGGACGCCAACGGGCUGCCCUACCCGGCGAUGGGCGACGAGCUCGACAUCGGCGUGCCGCUGCCCGACGAGCUCCCUAUCGGCUUCCCCGCGAUGGACGGCGGCGCGAUGGCGGGUGCGCUGCCGAUGGACCCCUUUCUGCUGCCCGACACGAUGACCGCCGAUGAGGAGGCGCCCGCCCGUCUCUCCCGCGCCGCCCGCAAGCCGCGCGUGGUGAACGUGCUCGACCUCAACUCCACCACCCUGUCCCGCGAGGCGUUUGAGAAGUGCAUGGUCGACCGCAGCGACAUCGUGAACAGCGAGCCGCGCCGCGGCCCGUACGACGCGCAGGAGGAGGCGGACCGCUACACCAUCGGCGGCGCACCGAACCCGACCGACCCCGCGGCCGUCGCCGCCACAGGCGCGGCACCGCUCUCCAUCGUGAUGGGCGAGACGCUGCGGCUGGCGUACACGGCCGCCCUGCUGCAGAGCGUCGCGGAGGCCGCCGCCGAGGCCGCCCGCGCUUCUCAGACGGCGCCGCCGCCCCUCCGCAACGAGGAGGAGGGCGGACUGCGCGCGCUCGACGACGACUUCGCGCACGACGCCGGCGCCGCGGUGGACGAGGCGGGCCUGCAGCCGUCACAGCGCAAACGCGGCCGCGACGACAACGUUGAGGAGACCACCGGCCUCUCGGCCAGUGUGCGGCAGACGCUGGGCCGCCUCCGCACGGAGCUAUCGAGCCGCGCCGCGGCCGAUAGCCGCAAAAAGACGCGCGUGAAGGUGCCCGUCUCGUCGCUGGUGGGGGCGAGCUGCACGGUGCAGGACAUCUGCCGCCACCUCCGCCGCCGCGACGCCGCGCGGACGUUUGUGGAUGUGCUGGCGUUGGCCUCCAAGCAGUACGUGUCCGCACACCAACGCACGGAGCUCGGCGAGGUUACGGUGCAACUCAACGAAACUGCGGUGAGUUUCUUGGCGACUGCUUAA